ACUUGGUGAGGCCUGCUGCUUUGCUGUUUUUCUCUUUCUUUUCCAUUACAAAAAAAAAAAAAGUUUUGAUUUUUUAAUUUUUUUUAACUUUCUGGCAAAGUUCUCUGCUUUUGUCUUCGAGAAAAAGGAUAGAAAAAAAAGGCAACAAAGGAAAAAGUUUCAGAAAAUUUCGGUUCUUGAGCUUUUUUUCUCUCUCGAGCUAAGCGCACACACACACGAGCGGCUCGAUUCGUAAUUUCACCUUUUCGCUCUUUUUUUGUUCUUCCCCUUCCUCUUCAUCUUCUUCUUCUUCUUUCUUCGUCGCUCAAUUUCAAUUCUGUUUUUUUUCACCGAUCGUUUUCUCGAUUUUGACCCUUUUGUGUAUCGUUUUGUAAGUUGAAGAACAUCAUCACAACUGCUUUUUUUUUUUUCUUUCCACGGGAACUCUGAAGAAAUUCUACACGGAUUUGAUCUGUUCAAAGUCUCGAUUGGAUAAAUCAGCAAAAAGGGACGCGGUUUAGGGUUUAUGGUUUGACUGCAAAAUACUGAAAUGGGUUGUGAGGUUUCCAAGUUAUGUGCAUUCUGCUGCGUUUCAGAGCCACAAGAAUCCAAUCAUGGAGUCUCAGGCUUAGGUGAUGAUAGGAGAGGUGAGGGGAAUGAUUUGCCUCAGUUCCGUGAAUUCUCAAUAGAGACGCUGAGGAACGCUACAUCAGGAUUUGCAGCAGAGAACAUAGUAUCAGAGCAUGGAGAGAAAGCUCCAAAUGUUGUGUACAAAGGGAAACUGGAUAAUCAAAGACGUGUUGCUGUCAAAAGGUUUAACAGGAAAGCUUGGCCUGAUUCUCGUCAGUUUCUGGAGGAAGCUAAAGCUGUUGGUCAGCUACGGAACUAUAGGAUGGCAAAUCUGCUUGGAUGUUGCUAUGAAGGUGAAGAGAGACUUCUUGUUGCAGAGUUUAUGCCCAACGAAACUUUGGCAAAGCAUCUUUUCCAUUGGGAGUCACAACCGAUGAAGUGGGCGAUGCGACUAAGAGUAGCUUUACAUAUAGCUCAAGCUUUAGAGUACUGUACAGGGAAAGGGCGUGCACUGUACCAUGACUUGAAUGCUUAUAGAGUUCUCUUUGAUGAUGACUCGAAUCCAAGACUUUCAUGCUUUGGUCUGAUGAAAAAUAGUAGAGAUGGAAAGAGUUAUAGUACUAACCUGGCUUUCACUCCUCCUGAGUAUCUCAGAACAGGACGUGUGACACCAGAAAGUGUGAUGUACAGUUAUGGAACUCUGUUGCUUGAUCUUCUUAGUGGGAAACACAUUCCUCCAAGUCAUGCACUGGACCUUAUACGGGACAGGAACAUUCAAAUGUUGAUUGAUUCAUGCUUAGAAGGCCAAUUCUCAAGUGAUGACGGGACCGAACUAAUACGGCUAGCUUCGAGGUGCUUGCAGUAUGAGCCUCGAGAACGGCCUAACCCAAAAUCACUAGUCACUGCAAUGAUUCCUCUUCAGAAGGAUCUUGAGACUCCUUCUCAUCAACUGAUGGGCAUACCAAGCAGUGCCUCAACAACGCCUCUUUCACCACUCGGAGAAGCAUGUCUAAGAACAGAUCUAACUGCCAUACAUGAGAUUAUUGAAAAACUUGGAUAUAAAGAUGAUGAAGGAGCAGCUACAGAGCUUUCGUUUCAGAUGUGGACAAACCAGAUGCAGGACUCGCUGAACUUCAAGAAAAAGGGUGAUGUUGCUUUCCGACAUAAAGACUUUGCAAAUGCUGUCGAAUGCUAUUCUCAGUUCAUCGAAGGUGGGACAAUGGUUUCUCCAACUGUUUAUGCAAGGAGAAGUCUGUGUCACCUAAUGAAUGAGAUGCCACAAGAGGCACUGAAUGAUGCAAUGCAAGCCCAAGUGAUAUCUCCUGCUUGGCACAUCGCAUCUUAUCUUCAAGCUGUAGCUUUAUCAGCUCUAGGACAAGAGAACGAAGCUCACGCUGCUCUUAAAGACGGAUCAAUGCUCGAAAGCAAAAGAAAUGCGCUGUUGUGAUGAUAACAGAAACAUGAAUAGGAAAACGAGGGAGGAAACAAGAAGAUUGUUCUGUCUUCUUACAUUACCGAAACACCACAUAGGCUUUGCAGAAUAAGAGAUAGAAGCACUACACAGUUCUCAUAUCGUGUGCAUCAUCAUCAUCAUCAUCAUUGGUCAGUUUCGGGUUUCGCUCUCGUAGUUCCCUUCCCCUUUUCUAUUUUUCUUUUCUAAAUACUCGAAGCAUUCAUUGGAGACUCUAUUUUUGGUUUUAUGUUAGUAGCAUGAACAAAUUCCCUGUUAUACAAAAGAAAAAAGUUCCAUACUUUGAUGGAGAUUUGAUUACUAAUUGGGAAUGGUGUGAUUAUGGAUUUGCUUUGAUGAGUUUCAGGAUUUGUAAUUUAUAAUUAUGUAUGUAAAAGAGGCGAGCACUUUGUAUUUGGCUUUUUGGUAAUCUUAUGAAUUUUGCAUAUCAGAGUCGAUCUUGUUUCC